ACUGCAGUCUGUCAUUAGAUUUUUCAUUUUUUCGAAAAAAAAAAUAGUAAAAUUACUGGCGAAGGCGAGCAUCGGACAUAGCGCGAGCAGCCUGCUUAGCACACUCGCCCGGCCUCACUUCCUGCAUAAUCUCGCAGCUUCUUUGGAGAAGGCGGCCGCCAGUCUGAUAGCCUCGUCUGGUAUUGAACAUUGGACCCUAGGCUGUGCGAAUUACUGACAUUUGUUUGACUCACGGGAUUGUUGGAAACAUGGCUGCACGGGGAAAAUUUCCAGCUUAUGAAGGACGAUCUGUCCAAGCUCCAGGGAUGAUGCGGCAUGGUCCGUUUCCUGGUGUAGGUAUUCCAGCUAAUCUUCGUCCUAUGGAGCCACGCCUCCUCCCUGAACGUGCGGAGAGCAAGUUGGCUGUUCAGGCAGCAGAGAUGGAACAACUUGCGGCGGACAACCACAGGCUGGCAGCCACUCAUGUUGCUCUGAGGGAGGACCUUGCCACUGCUCAACAGGAAAUACAGAGGGUUAAGGGUCAUAUAAGAAGCAUCCAAACAGAAAGUGAUAUUCAGAUAAGGGUUCUGUUAGAGAAGAUAACAAAAAUGGAGGCAGAUAUUAGAGCUGGUGAGAGUAUCAAAAAGGAUCUGCAACAGGCACACAUGGAGGCACACGGUUUGGUAACUUCUAGACAAGAGCUGAGUGCUGAAAUUCAAAGAGCCACGAAGGAGCUGCAGAAAGCCCAUGAUGAUGCUAAAAAGCUACCAGAGAUGCAUGCCGAACUUGACAGCUUGAGACAGGAACACCAGAGGUUGCGUACUGCAUUUGAGUAUGAAAAAGGAUUAAACAUGGAGCAAGUGGAGCAAAUGCAAGCGAUGGAGAAAGAUAUGUUAGGGAUGGCACGAGAAGUUGAAAAACUGCGUGCUGAGGUGUUGAAAGCAGAGAAGAGAGCGCUUGUGCCAAACUAUAGUGGUGCCUAUGUGAACCAUGAUCGUUCAUACCCAAAUGUGCAAGGUACUGGUGCUUAUGUUGAUGGAUAUGGAAGGCCAUAUGGUCAUAUGGGUGUUGGCUCAACAGUCGAACAUAUAAAUCUCUAUGGUAACACAAAUGGUCCAGCUGGUGGUGUUGCCGCUGUCUCUGGUGUUGGGAGUGGUGCUGUCUGGGGAGGAGCACAUGAACCUGCAGCUGCUUCUGGCGCUGGCAGUGGUGCUGUCUGGGGAGGACCACAUGACCUGACCCUUGCGCCUAGGUAGAUAUGGAGCCACAAUCAAGUGCAGAGUUUGCACAAAAAGCUUUGGAUUUGGAAUCAUAUUGGAUUGUGCAAAGUUGAGUUGAGUUUUGGCCAGUUAACACAAUUCUAUGUGGAUGUCCUUAGCUCUAUGAAGUGGUACUGUUGUAUUUACCUUGUCUUUUUUUCGCGGCUCUUUCUUACUGCAAUAGAAGAAAUCAGAUUCUCCUGCGUAUAAUUGAAAAGUUUCAACUUGAAGGCAAAAAUAAUCUGAUAUUGAUAAAGCUAGUUCUCUGUACGAAACCAGAGCAGUCACGUCCCAUACCUCACAAGAUAGCAAUUCAAAUGAUGGCCUUGGGCAGUAGCAUAGGGGGACAAUUAUGCAUGGGCAGGAUUCAAACAUUAUUUCUUUUUUGUACCACUUCAAACUGAUUAGAUCUGUGAAUUUUUAUUCAAAUGAUCACUUUGUUUGGUGCAUGAUAGUUAACAGUUGACUCUUGUACUCCUUUGUUUCAAAUAAAUCCUGCUUCUGGUAGCUUGUUCAA